AACAGUUUCAACCUGACCACAAACACGUCAAAAUGGAAAACGCAUAUUUCUUUCUCGAGAUUAUCGAGGAACUGAAGAAUAUUCCACGACGUGGCUGGGAAAUACGCAAUGUGCCUAAUCCUGAGAGUGUUAGCGACCACAUGUACCGCAUGGCGAUCAUGUGCUCUAUGGUAUCAGGGAUUGACGAAUAUACGCGGACGAGGGCAGUCGACGUGGCGUUAAUUCAUGAUAUGGGAGAGGCUAUAGUUGGGGACAUCACUCCUUCAGAUGGGAUAAGCCGAGAACAGAAGCACGAAAGAGAGGAGAUGGCUUUAAAGUUCCUGAGGUGCACUCUUCUUGACUCGCAUCCAGACCUAGCAAACUCGGUUCUAGAUCUGUGGUAUGAAUAUGAGGCCGGUGAAAGCAAGGCAGCAGUCCUGGUCCGACAGCUUGAUAAAUUGGAGUGCAUAAAUCAAGCAGUCAUCUACCAGCAAAGGACUGGAAUCAAUCUGGAAGAAUUCAUGGAUUUGAAGAAGGUUGUUACGAUGCCAGAACUAAAGCCGCUGCUGGAUGCGUGCCUGCAAAAGCACAAGGAGACGAAGAUGAGAAAAGAUAUGGAUCUCCUCGUGAUAUCUGUCUCUGGGGGCCCUGGCGUAGGAAAAGGAACGCAAUGCGCUCGGCUUGCUAAUGAAUUUGGGUUCCAUCACAUCUCAGUGGGAGACCUGCUGCGCGAGGAAGCGGCCCGUCCCACGUCACCUUAUCACGACUUCAUCCCUGAGAGUAUCAAAAAAUCAGUACUACUUCCCGCUCAGCUCACCACUCAGCUCUUGAGGCAAGCGAUGAGCAGAGCGCAGUCUGAAGGCAAACGCAAGUUUCUGUUGGAUGGAUUUCCUAGGAGUAUCUCGCAGGCUGUUGACUUUGAAUCAAAGAUCUGCAAAUUCCAAGCCACACUGUCCUUAGAAUGUUCCGAGGCAGAACUCAGGGAUCGCUUGCAGCGUCGCUCCGCGUUGUCAGAUCGGAUUGAUGACAACCCGGAUUCUGUUGUAAGGAGGCUUCAGACCUUCAACGAACACAACGCAGAAGUUCUCAAACACCUGCAAGCAAGUGGUCCGCUAUUUCAUAUUGAAUGCCGUGGCACAAUUGAAGAAGUGUAUAUGUCGACACGUACGAGAGUUCUUGAAAUCUUUGGAAUGGAAUAGUUGUUACGAGCAACCGAAAUUGACAGCGCUCACUGGUAUGAAAGGUUUGGUGUUAUCUUCGAACGCCGAGCGACAUAGAGAGAAAUCUACACUGGAUUCAUGCAUCCAAUUGUAUUGAUCCUUAGCUGGUCCAUUCGGUGGCAUCAAUGUUCUAACCGAGCCGAACUCUUCUGGGACCUCCUUCAUGCCCAGCCGCAAAUAUGCCAGGAGCAUAUUGCUCACGUACACGCUUUUGCUAACAAGUUCAGUAGCCUUUGUAGGAUGUCGCCACUGAUAUUUCUAGGCAUAUUGUAAGCAAGCGGUAUCAAAACGAGCAUAGGUUACAUACGUUGUCGUUUGUCAAUACCCAAUAUAGC